UUCAUAAGAAAAAGAAUGAAGCGGAAUUGUUUCCACCAAUCAGAGCGGAGGAGGGCGGGGCCAGACGGCGGUAUUUAUGUGUGGAGCGCGGUGUGGCGUGACUCAUCGCCGCCCAGAUUCUCUUCAUUCCGAGAAGCAGCUCCUCCAGACCGACUCGUUAGGACCCACGUUUCUCCCCCACAGCCGGACAGGAUUGAGAUGUUACAUUUUAGGUUCUCCACAGUCCUGAAGGAGUGUUUUCAAGCCACCGUGAAGCGUCCCUUCCCCUGCCGCACCCAGGAGAGCUGGUACCCGGCGCCCCGGCACCACCGCUGCCUCGGUUCUGUUCCCAGUGAUGCUGCUGCCGCCGCUGCUGCCGCGCCGCGCCGCACCGCGCCCUGCUCCGCACCGCGCCGCUCCUACUGCGUGAAAACAGAAGGCGCAUCCACCGUGGAGCUGGACGAACACCUGAAGAAGGAUGGGGCCGAAGGAGACAAAAGGAGGAAUCCAGGAAUCCUGCCCAGUUUGGAGGAUCUGCUCUUCUACACGGUCGCUGAAGGUCAAGAGAAGAUUCCAGCUCACAAGUUCCUCACAGCGCUGAAGGCCACCGGGCUUCGGAGCGGAGACCCCCGCCUGAAGGAGUGCAUGGAGAUACUGAAGGAGACGCUGAAGAAGACUCCAGACGGCGUGACGCUGGACCGCCACCUGUUCAAGAAGUGUGUCCAGAGCAACAUUGUCCUGCUCACUCAGGCCUUCCGCAAGAAGUUCGUCAUCCCCGACUUCCAGUCCUUCACCUCCCAUAUUGACCAGCUUUAUGAGAAAGCCAAAAACCUCUCUGGAGGGCAGGUAGCAGAUUACAUUCCUCAGCUUGCCAAGUUCAGCCCGGACCUGUGGGCCGUCUCGCUCUGCACCGUCGAUGGACAGAGGCACACGGUGGGCGACACUAAGGUCCCUUUCUGCCUGCAGUCCUGUGUGAAGCCUCUGAAGUACGCCGUGGCGGUUCAUGACCACGGCACCGAGUAUGUUCACAGCUUCAUCGGGAAGGAGCCCAGCGGCCUGCGCUUCAACAAACUCUUCCUGAACGAAGACGAUAAGCCCCACAACCCCAUGGUGAACGCCGGAGCCAUCGUUUGCACGUCGCUCAUUCAGCAAACUGCCAGCAACGCAGAGAAAUUUGACUAUGUCAUGUCCUUUCUGAAAAAGAUGGCAGGAAACGAGUAUGUCGGGUUCAGCAACGCCACAUUCCAGUCGGAGCGCGAGUCUGGAGACAGAAACUUCGCCAUCGGAUAUUACCUGAAGGAGAAGAAGUGUUUCCCUGAAGGAACCGACAUGACGUCUGUCCUGGACCUUUACUUCCAGCUGUGCGCCAUCGAGGUGACCUGUGAGAGCGCCAGCGUCAUGGCCGCCACGCUGGCCAACGGCGGCAUCUGUCCCAUCACGGGUGAGCGCGUGCUGAGCCCCGAGGCGGUGAGGAACACGCUGAGCCUGAUGCACUCCUGCGGGAUGUACGACUUCUCGGGACAGUUCGCCUUCCAUGUCGGACUGCCGUCCAAGUCCGGGGUGGCCGGAGGAAUCCUUCUGGUCGUUCCCAACGUGAUGGGAAUCAUGUGCUGGUCGCCGCCGCUGGACAAACUGGGAAACUCGGUCCGAGGAAUUCAGUUCUGCACGGAUCUGGUCGAACUUUUCAACUUCCACAACUACGACAACCUGAGGCACUUCGCCAAGAAGCACGACCCGCGCAGAGAGGGAGGCGACCAGAGGCAGCACAUCUUCGGACCGAUGGAUUACGAGAGCCUGCAGCAGGAGCUGGCUCUGAAAGCGCCGCUCUGGAAAAAAGUGUCUCCCACAGAGACGGACCAGGACAGCUCCACCACUGUAGUCUAUAGGAUGGACAAAGUCGCCGAGUGACCCCUGACCUCCACCGCCUGCUCCACCCCAUAUUUAUAUUUAUAAAGCAUGUAGACCACUAUUUAUUGCUUGUGAAGCGGUUGCUAUGGGGACGAGCCGGGAAGCUCUUAUUACUAUUUCAUUUGGUUCAUAUUUUCUGUGAAUCUCUGAGAUCCAACAAUCAGCUUCAUCUCACUCCAGAUUCUGCAGAACCGGACGGGUUUUCUGGGUUUCUCUGUCAACAGGAGGCUCUGCCUCCAAGGGGCGGAGCAAAGAAGCAAGCAGCCAAUGAGCACAGAGAACUCGUUUAUGUUCAGAUAUGCAGAAAUAUUUUAGUGUUAGAUGAUAUUUGCACAACAAUGUAAGUGUUAUAUGCUGAUGCGGUCUGCAUGGAGGCUCAGUUAUUGUUGGAAAGGCUUUUAAUUUCUGGAAACUGACAGUUUUUACAAAGAUUUAGAAAAAUAAGCUCUGAUCUUGUUUAGAAAAGUUUGAAAAUUGUUGGAUUUUACAGAAAAGUCCAAUUUUAAAGCUAUGAAAUUUACUUAGUUGUGAUAUUUAAGUAAAUUAUCCAUAAAACUUUGACGUAUUAAUGACCAGCUGCUGUUAAUUCUUUCCUCCUGCAGUAGAUCCUGAACCUCCAGUCGAUUUCUCUGCUUUUAUUUUAAUCAAUUUAAAGUCAAAUGUAAAUUAUCUCCGUUUUAAUCAUGAACAUUUUAUCGUGUGAUUUUGAUGCGUUGGACCGACACCGUGACUGACCAUGAUUUUAGUGAGCAAAAGUAUUUUCCAAGAGCUUAAUUUAGUCUCUUUAAGCCAACUGAGCAGCAGUGCACAGCCUCUUUUCACUGCUGGAAGAGUUUAGUUUUAUUUUGAGUCGUUACUUUCAGAAACCAACGCAGCAGAGAAAUGAAAACAUUUUUGUUGCUUGCACUGGAUUUUAUUUAGUGACAUCAGAGUAAAUUGGGCUGAAUGCAGAUAGAUGCCUGCCACACUUUCCAGAAAGAAAAAAACAAUAAUAAUCAUGCAGUGUUUGUUUCUAAGGUGCAGUUUAUCAAAAAUGUUCCGUUGUCAUCAACCCUCAGUCAGUCGGUGCCGAGACUCCGGUCGCUCCGGGUUUUUCCUUUUUGCUCCAGGUUUUCCUUCCCGCUCCGGGUUUUCCUUCCCGUUCCAGGUUUUCCUUUUUGCUCCAGGUUAGCUCUGAGUUUUUCUUGGCUGCUUUCCGAAUCUCACAGGUUUACAGAAAAUCUGCAGAAGUUUUGCUGCUUUAUCAAUAAUAACUGGCAGAAACGAGGUUUUAAAGUUUCAUAGGAAACUCUGCGAUAAAGUCCCAGUCCGGUCUGAUCCGGUUCGGGUUUGUUUGAUUUCCUUCCAGUCUUUCAGAGUUUUUCCAGGCCACGGUCGUCUUCAUGCAGGUUGCUUGGCGUCGUACAUCAUUCACACAAAAGUCUCAUUUAAAUAGCAGCAUGAACCACAACGCAGAAAAAAAUCUGAUUUUAUUAAAAAAUCAUAAUUGAGAAUCAAAACCUGUUUGAACAUGAAGAUCCUCAGAAAGAUGGAAGGAAAGUCUGACUAAACCUGGUCUGGAUGAAGAGUUUUGCACAAUGCUGUACUCCUCUUUAUGUCCCAUGAUCUUCCACUAGGGUCAGAGGUCAACUAAAUGAUCAGAAAGGAAAACAAG